AGAGGGGCGACGGGAGAGGGAUACCUGUAGGUUGAAACGGUUAGUCCGCGCAGCAGCAGUUAUAGCAGCGGUCGAGUGAGAGUUGUAUUUCUUCUAUUUAAACAUCAGUUACUUACUAGAUUUAGUAAAGAGAGGACCUGCCUGAAACAAGGUUCCUGGAGCGGGGAAUUCUUUUAUCAAGAGUCUUCUUUGGACAGUGAUUGAAGAAGAAGCCACAAGCAGACCGACAUUCAUCUUUUUCCCCCUGAGUUCCGUGUCUGGAGUGACGUCACGAUGAGGGCGGGACGAAACGCAGACUUCCUCGUUCUCCUCGUCUUGACCGUUUUGGGCACUCUUUUUACUACAGGGCGACCCCUCGAGAGAAACAUCACCCCUCAUUAUCAGGACGAGACCUUCCGCCCCUCUGGAUGGAAUCGUCCAAAUGCUCGACGAAUCAGCAACGAACUUUUCGGUGAAUCCAAGACACGGUUCUCAGGGCAGGAAAAUAGCAGGAAUCUGACAGCCUUGUUUGCCUUUUUUGGUCAACAGGGCAUCAAGCUACAUCGACGGCAGUUUCCUCUAUGGCACGAGCACAGUACGGGCCGAGUACUUGAGAGAGCGAGGCACUGGCAAGCUGGCGUGCUGGGACAAAUGGGGAAAGUUCCCGCGCUACAACAGCGUCCAGCUGCCUUACAACGCUCUGGCCGUCAGACAUAACACCCUGGAGCAGUUGUGGCGUCUGGGUGACGAGAAUGUAUUUGAAAACCCUCCAGUCCUCGCACUGUCCCUCAUGUUCUACCGGUACCACAACCUGUUUGCCACUGAGGUGAUGAGGGAGCAUGGACAACUGACGAGUGAUCGGGUUUUUGAGAUGGCUCGCCGGAGAGUUAUUGGUGUCACGCAGGUUACAAGCCAUGGGUGAAAAGUGAUGUCACAGACAUCUUUGAUGCCGGAGCUAUCAACUACAUUAUGACAUUGAUACCAUCUGCUAUUAACCAAGUGGACAUGAAGUGCCAAGCCCGGGAGCACAAAGAAUAUAAGGCACAACGCUUGUGCAAUACCUACUGGAAGGCAAUGGACAUGGUAUACGCUCAUCGGGAUGGGGCAGUGGAGAUCUUGAGAGGUUUGGCUGUGCAGAUGGCUGAGGAAGAUGACACAUUUGUCGUUGAGGAUUUGAGAAGCAAGUUCUAUGGCCCUCUGUACCACUCCAACCAUGACCUUGUGUUGCUGACUAUCAUGAAGGGCAGAGACUAUGGACUGCCUGACUAUAACACUGUCCGGGAGACGAUGGGGCUGCCUCGUGUAGAGUCGUUCGAGGAGAUCAACCCAUGGCUAAACAAGACCAACCCUGAGUUGAUGGCCAAAUUCAGUGGUGUGCACAAGCAUAACCUGAGCCUCAUAGAUAUGUUUGUUGGAGGCAUGAUGGAGACCACACCUGAUGGACCGGGAGAGCUCUUCACUCAAAUUCUCUAUGACCAGUUCCUGAGGAUUAGGGAUGGCGACAGGUUCUGGUUCGAGAAUGAGGAGAUUGGUUUGUACAGCCCUGAAGAAAUAGCCACUAUUAAAUCUGUUACCCUUGCUGACAUAUUGGUGAAUGUUACUGAUAUCACAAAGGACCAGAUACAGAAGGAUGUUUUUACAGCCGCCCCAGACCCCCCAUGUGGAAUGAGGGCGAAGUUUAAUGAGACAGACCUAGAGGCCUGCCCAGCACACGAGGGUUACGACUUCUUCCAAGGGAGUGAAAUCCCCUACAUCAUCAUCUGGACCUGCCUUGGGUUGCUUCCUUUGUUCUGUAUCCUGGCUGCCUAUGUGCUGGCUAAGUGCAAGAAGUGGCGUCAUAAGAGACAUCUGAACAAAUUGAAAGUGGAGAAGGAGAAGAGGAGGAUCCUGAGGAGAACCAUCUCUUGCAGUGUGUCAGUACACGAUGCAAUGGAGUGGCGAGGGAAGGAAGUGGCUGGCCGAUCCAUUGAACUUCACUUGACCACCAAAGGCACCCUGGAGGUGUUCACGACCACUGGAUCGCACAUACGCUCCAUCAAGAUCUCUUCCAUGCAAGCAGUUGAUGUGAAGAUUUCCUCCAACAAGAAGAGGACAACAAUGGUGUUCAUUAUCCCUCGGGAGUACGACUUGGUGGUUGUUUUCCCCAAUGAACCUCUUAGGAAUGAGUUUGAGAACAUCCUGUGUGACUUUGCCACGGGCCACAAUGUGGGUGUGAACGUGAUUGCUCUGAAGUUGCAAGACCUUCUAGACGCAGCCACCACCAAGGAGAAGAGAAACCAGAUGCUGGAGAAAUUCUUUAAGACAGUCUUCUCUGAGGCAUUCCACAUGGACUAUGACCCGAGUCUAGACAGCGGUCAGCUGGACAUGAAGAAACACAGCCAGGAAAUCUUAGAGAUUGAACUGUCCAAAGAAGAGUUUGCUGAGGCAAUGGCUGUCAAGGCCAACUCUGACUUUGUGGAGCACUUCUUCAGUCUCAUUGACUCGGAUCGCAAUGGCUACAUCUCCUUCCGCGAGUUUCUCAAUGCUGUUGUCCUCUUUUCCAAAGGCUCCAUUCAAGAAAAACUGCAGACAAUGUUUUACAUGUAUGACAUUGAUGGCACUGGCUACAUGAGCAAGAAACAGAUUGGACAAAUGUUUAGGUCCCUUCUGGAGAUGGCCCAAGGGGACAUGAGCCAGGAGAACGUGGACAUGCUGGUGAGUUCCCUGUGCACUCAGUCAGGACUCGCACCCAAGGACAGAUACUCCUUUGAGGACUUUUGCCAGCUGCUAUCGCCUCAGAUGGACAAACUGUCGGAUUCUUCCUUCGACUGGAAGGGCUUGACCAAAGUUGUUCCAAGUGUACCAAAGGCUAAAAAGAACCCCAAUGGUGACUCUGACAUUCGUCACCGUGCAUCCACCACUUCACUGGUGGAGAAUGGAAAUGGCCCAAGAGUCGUUCGCAACUUUGAAGCCGUGCGUGAACAGUACACUCCUCUCAAGGCCAGAGUGAAAUUGGUGAAACACUUUAUUGAGAACUACCGGACCCACAUCUUCUUCCUCAUCCUGUUCUACGGCAUAUGCUGGGGACUUUUUGCUGAGAGGUUCUACUACUACACUGUGGAGCAGGAGCAUGCAGGAUUCAGGAAACUCAUGAGCUAUGGCAUCAGCAUGACCCGAGGGGCAGCAGCGAGCAUGUCUUUUACUUUUAGCUUCCUCCUGCUGACAAUGUGCCGUAACACCAUCACCUACCUGAGGUCCACUCCUCUCAACCAGUUCAUCCCAUUUGACUCCCACAUUUCUUUCCAUAAGAUUGUGGCAUGGACUGCAUUGUUUUUCUCUGCUGUUCACAUCAUUGGCUACAGCUUCAAUUUCUACCACCUGGUCACACAACCCACCCGGUUCCUGUGUAUCUUUAAGAGUCUUGUCUUCAGAAAUGAGUAUCCGUUUACUUUCCAGGAAUGGCUUUUCUGUACCAUGACAGGUUUCACAGGGGUGCUCCUCGUGCUGGUUCUGUGUAUCAUCUACGUGUUUGCCACACAGACAGCCAGACGUCACAUCUUCAACCUGUUCUGGCUCACUCACAAGCUCUUCAUAAUUCUCUACGUCCUCACCAUCAUCCAUGGUGCUAGUGUGGUCGUUCAGAAACCGUUGUUCUUUGCGUAUUUCACUGGUCCUGCUAUCUGGUUCAUGGCAGACAAACUCAUCUCCCUGAGCAGGAAGAAAACUGAACUGUGUAUCAUCAAAGCACAGAACUUACCCUCAGAUGUAACCAUGAUAGAGUUCAAACGCCCCCCUCGCUUUGAAUACAAAUCUGGUCAGUGGGUCCGCAUUGCAUGUCUGAACCAGGGUAAAGAUGAGUACCACCCAUUCACCCUGACCUCUGCCCCUCAUGAGGACACACUGAAGCUUCACAUCCGAGCCCUCGGCCCUUGGACCUGGAAUCUCAGAUGUAACUUCGAGGAUGAGAACAUGAAGGAUCCCAAGGCUUACCCUAAGCUGUACCUGGACGGUCCCUACGGUGCAGGUCAGCAGGACUGGUACCAAUAUGAUGUCAGUGUGCUCGUGGGGGCGGGAAUCGGCGUGACUCCAUAUGCUUCCAUUCUCAAAGACUUUGUCCACAUGUCCUCUAUCAAUAUGCGCUACAAGGUGAAAUGUCAGAAGCUGUACUUUAUCUGGAUCACCGGCAGCCAGAGACAUUUUGAAUGGCUGAUUGACAUCCUCCGAGAGGUGGAGGAGAUUGACACACAGUGCAUGGUGUCCAUCGACAUCUUCAUCACACAGUUCUUUCAAAACUUUGAUCUCCGAACAUCUCUCCUGUAUGUGUUUGAGGAGCAUUUCCAGAAACUGAACAGUGGCAAAAGUGUUUUUACUGGUCUGAAGGCCACAACGCACUUCGGUCGACCCCAGUUGAACAAGAUCAUGGAGGCAGUUCACAGGGCUCACCCUCAGGUUCGAUGUCUUGUUUUGCUGCUGUUUUAUAGAUUUUGAAUUUGUCGUUGUUCUCCUUAUCAUUAUCAUCAUUAUCAUCAUUAUCAUCAUCAUCAUCAUCAUCAUCAUCAUCAUCAUCAUCAUCAUCAUCAUCAUCAUCAUCAUCAUCAUUGUAGACAGAAAAAAGACCAAAAACGAUGAAGACUGUAGAAUUUAAAAAAUCAUCGUCAUCAUUAUCAUCAUCAUCAUCAUCAUUGUCUUUAUUUAAAGAGCAGAGUAGAUAGGGAGAGUCUCGACUGAUUUGCAGACUGAAAAUAUAAAU